CCCUCGUCACGUGCUUGGCGAAGAAAACCUUGCGAAAGGUGGCGCGGACGUGUUGAGAAGGAAUGAGCCGGACCAGCGGGGGCUCUUGUGGAGCGCGGGCUAGUCGUCGCCGGGACAAGCGCGAGAGAGGGCGGCCACUGCGAGGAGUUCGUCGCCCGCCUCGGCUCCUGCUUGCUCGUGCGGCUCCCGCGUGGUGGCGGUGGACGAGGGCACUGGCGUGAGUGAAUGCCUUCUUCCUUGGCGGCUAUGGUGAGCGGCGGCCCGGAAUUCAGGGAGAAGGGGAUGGGCUGUCUGGAGGAGCCCGAACUGUUGCAAGGGGUGACUCCAGGACUUGUGGAAGCCAAAACCCCCAAUGGGGCUGUUCCCGAGCCCCUGCCCGAGGUGCGCCUCACCUGGCGCCGCUGGGUCAUUGUUUUCCUCUUCAGCGCCUACUCCUUAUGCAACGCUUUCCAGUGGAUCCAGUACGGCAGCGUCAACCUCGUCUUUGCCUACUUUUAUGAUGUCUCUCCUUUUGCUAUUGACUGGCUGUCCAUGGCCUAUAUGGUCGCCUACAUCCCCCUCCUUUUCCCCGUGGCCUGGCUCCUUGACAAGAAGGGUCUGCGCUUCAUUGCCCUGGUUGGCUCUGCUCUCAAUUGCCUGGGUGCUUGGGUGAAGAUCGGCAGCAUGAGACCCCACCUCUUCCCAGUCACUGUCCUGGGGCAGAUCAUCUGUGCCAUAGCCCAAGUCUUCAUCCUGGGCAUGCCGUCUCGCAUUGCUUCUGUGUGGUUUGGCCCACGUGAGGUCUCCAGUGCCUGCUCAAUUGCUGUAUUUGGUAACCAGCUUGGCAUCGCAGUGGGUUUUCUCCUCCCUCCAGUUCUGGUUCCCAAUAUUUCAGAGAAGGACAAGUUGGCCUACCAUAUUAGUAUUAUGUUUUUUAUGACUGCAAGUGUAGCAACUGUACUCUUCAUCCUUGUUGGCCUUGUGUUCCGGGAAAAGCCUCCAUAUCCUCCAAGCCGGGCCCAGGCCUUGAUCCACUCAGCAGCACCAGAAGAAUAUUCCUAUCUGCAGUCUAUUCGCCGGCUUUUUCGUAAUGUCAACUUUGUGUUGCUGAUAGUCACUUAUGGAUUAAACACAGGCUGCUUCUAUGCACUUUCAACUCUGCUAAACCGCAUGGUGAUAGCGCACUAUCCAGGAGAAGAACUGAAUGCUGGCAGAAUUGGUGUCACCAUUGUAGUGUCUGGUAUGGUUGGAGCUUUGAUCUGUGGCAUCUGGUUGGACAGAACCAAAACGUAUAAGCAGACAACAAUUUUGGUUUAUAUCAUGGCACUUGGGGGCAUGCUUGCUUACACUUUUACUUUGGACUUAGGCCACAUCUGGGUGGUCUUUGUGACUGCAGGUUUUCUGGGUUUUUUCAUGACAGGGUACCUUCCACUGGGGUUUGAAUUUGCAGCUGAAUUAACAUAUCCAGAAUCAGAAGGGACAUCAUCGGGCCUUCUUAAUGUAUCUGCUCAGGUUUUUGGAAUCAUUUUCACCAUUACCCAAGGACAGAUAAUUGAUAACUUUGGGACUCGACCAGGAAACCUCUUCCUCUGCGCGUUUCUUUUCAUCGGCACUAUUAUGACUGCUUUCAUCAAACCUGAUCUCCGGAGACAACAGGCCAAUUUGGAAAAUGAACAGAGUAAACUCUACUGCAGUAACAAUCAGAUAAUGAAUUAUGGAAUUUGUACCUUAACCCCAUCAUUUCCCACUCCUGCUCAAUAACUCACAAACAAAGAAUACAGUUGGAGAAAUGGAUCAAACAGUGCUCUAACAGGAAUCAAACCUCUAAAGGGUGUGACUGCGGAGGAAAUGCUGAUGCUGGUACCACCAUCUUCUGUUCUUACCACCUGAACAUCCCUUUACAUUUGGUGUGGCCCAGCAACCAAGGGCAAUCCAGGAAGCUGCUUACUUUGCCAACGAACAAAAUGCACACCAUUGGAGUCACCCUCAUCUAAGCCAGCUUCUUAGCCCAGGUGUUGCAGAAGAGGGCUGAAGGCAGCAGUUGAUUUGUAAUUGCAGCUGAAUCACUGAAUCCAGCAAUUCUUCCAUCAUGUUCAGUAUGGACUGAGAACUCCCAUCUGUUAUCUUUUUACAUGCCCAGGAGACCUGCAAGAUGGGAUAUACAGUGGAUCUUGAGGAAGAUCCUUUUUCCUUAUGGAGAACCAGAAAGCACUUGCUCUGUGAGCAGCUCUAACCGAAGCACAACCCUUGAUUUGCAAGUGGAGAAUUUGCCCUAUUACUAAUAACAGGGAUGAAGGUGGCUGAGGCACCUUCUUGGUAAUUUUUCUAAAAAAUCCCAGUCCAAAUGGACAAUAGUUUUGAAAUGGGAAUGCUCUAGUUUUACCCACAUUGGGGUGGAUAUCCUAGAAAUGUCUGGUGAUAACUGAUUUUUAAUGACUUGUUUGAAAAGCACAUGCUGUCAUUAUUUGCUUCCCACACCACAGCUGUUCAGCACUAUGAUGGCAUUGAUCUUCCACAGUCAGCUGAACGCAGAAAUACAAUAGAACUUCCAUAUGGCACUAAGCAGAAACUUGGAAUGUUCUUCCCCAGGGCCACAAACCUUCUAUAACAUUUGCUUUCAAGUAGCUACUGCUAUGUAACGCUUCUCUGCAAUGUUAAUUAAAAGUUACUUCUGGCAAAAUCAUAUGUAUGUUAAGGCAGAAAAAAGGCCCACAAUUCCCAGUAUGUCCCAGCUGUGCAAGCUGGCCAGGGCAUGCUGGGAGUUGUAGGAUUUGCUCCAUCUAACAAAGCAAAAGAUUGUGCCUUAUCUCAGCUUCUGUUGCUGUGAUUGUGAUGAACUUUUGGUUAGUCAUUUCUUCCUAUUCUUUUCUGUAAUGAAAUGACAAUAUUGCAUCUAUUGAAAAGAAAAAAAAUAAUGCAAGGAAAACAGUUACUAGCAUUCUCCCCCAACAGAAGUGGACUGAUUAGGAGGCAGCUUAUCAGCAAAUCCUACUUGCUCUGCUGAACAGGAUUAAACUACCAGUAUUUUUGCUGGACUACCCUGGACAGGGGAGCACUGCAAGUUGCAUUUUACUGCAAGGAGUGCACUAUGUCAGAUUUGAAAAAACACUGGAGGCCAUUGGAAUGCAACAAUUUGGCAAUAUUCAGUUCCUUUGUACUAAGCAAAUAAUUAAGGAUGAUUCUUGAGAAAAGCAACCCAGUGAAAAAGCAAGUCAGUCAUUCAGUGCUUGAUUAGGAGGGUGAAAAUGCAAAUUAAUACUAUGGACAAAUAUGAACCUUAUAUUUGAAGAAGGCUGCAUGAAUCAAAUUAAUGCAGUCAUAUUCACCUACACAACACGAUUAUCUUUGAGUAAUGCCCUGUCCUAGAAGUGUUUUUCCCAAUCAGAGUAAGAAUUAUUGUUCAGUCCACCCAGUGUGAAGGUGGACAGAGUUCAUUAGCAUAGCCAUAGAACUCUCCCUUAUGCCAUUGAGUUUGUUCAGAGACCCUGCUGAAUACUAUUUGUACUCUACUAUGUUGCCAAUGUGCUGGAAAUGUGAAAUGUAUUUAUGAUCUAUUUGGGAUUGCAUGUGUAGCACUUUAUUUGGAAAGUUGCAAGAUGCAUUUUUGCUGAAACUUUCCACCCAGCAGCACAUCAGAGGUAUUUUCAAGCAAUGUUUCUUGUCCUGGAACAAAUACAUGAAUCAUCCAUGUUAGUUUUAUAACGCACUGUGCAGUCAUUCGUAGUCACAAAAGACCUCUGACAUUCUCCCAUUGCUGUGUGUUGAACAGAAGCAGUGGACAGUAUGUCAGAUUUGGAAUGGAAAGCUCCAGGUUCAAAUCUUGUCAGCCUGCAUGGCCUAGCCAUUUUCUCAACCUAAUCUACUUCACAAGUUUGUUGUGAGACUAAAAUGGGAAGAACAGUAAAUAUGGUUAAAAAAAAAAAAGAGGUAAAAUUGGUUCUUCUCUGUGCCCCCUGCUUUUCUAGAUCUCAGGGGCUGUCCAGAAUAGAGUGCUUCCUUCUCCUAUUGAAAAGUACUACAUUUGCAGCUUGAAAUUGGCAAGCUGAUUCCAGUAACUUUUCAUCAGGCUAUCUCUUAUCCAGCAAUAAAUCACCAUCCUUCCUAGAAACUCAGGGGCUUCCUCACUGCAGAUAAGGAGCCACAGCCCUGACGACUUUGGGCUUGGCUGCUCCCUUCUCAGAUGGGCUGGCUCCAUUUCAGUGCCAGAACUCUAUCUGAGCUUACGUAUCACACGAAGAAUAGUGAUUUCCACUGUGCCAAAUAAAGCCCUUGAUGCAAUGAGUACUUCCCCACUUCCUGCAAACAUUAUGUCAGUUUAUCUUUUUAUGCAGUCCUUAUCUUUACUGUUGGUCAUCAAGAAAGAGUAAGUCACUUGCUUUGUUAUUACCUUAUUGUUUUCCUUUCAAUCUUUUGUCAGGCUUGGUGAAAAAUUCUGGAAAAUGUUGUUUCAUUUCUAUACUGCCCCCAUGCUGCUCUCUGGGAAGUUCACAAAAUUAAUGCAAAGUUACCAAGGAACCUGUUUUAUAUAAUCCCAUAUGCCCCAAAUUAUAUAUGAUGUGCUUUCAUUGUAUUUGGUUCUGAGCUGCUUUUAAACAAUUAUCAAAUUCUUCAUAUUAAAGUUUGCAUUUUGUUGAUUUUGUCACAAAGCAUAAACUGUUUAAAUGUGAUAUUUCACCUCAACUGUGUGGUCUAAUGUUGAGCAACGGAUGUAAACUAUGCAAUGGAUUUAAACUACACUGCAGAGAGAUGGUGCAAAUGGAAUAUUAAUUACUUUUCUAGUUAUUAAUGACUUUCUGUAAUUCUUUUCUUAAAGGAAUAGAUAGUGGCAGAGCUGUGUACGGGACUGGAGGAUAUUAGUUCAUACCGCAGUGCAUGGGGCCUGUGCAGUGCCCUACCACACAACAUGUUAAUAGCAAUCAUAUUAAUAACCCCCCUCCCCACAACCACAGCACUUCAAGUGACAUUUUAGCAUUGAAAGGUGUGUUCCAACCUUUGAUUGCUUGAGCUGUGCAAUUUCAACAAAUAUUGAAGAAACACAGCACCUUUUCUAUAUUUAAAUGUAAUUUAAAUAAUCCACAUGCUGGUCAGUAACCAAGGGCUGGCCCACGGUUUUUCACUCUCAUGGAUGAACUUAAAUCUAACGUCCUAUUUUAUUGUAUGCUGAACCCCUUAAAAUGGUAUAUUAAAUGAUUAAGAAUUGA